AUGUUCACAACGCUCGCAAGGUUAAAUAGCCUCUCCGCUAUCAUCAGCUCUAGCUUAUUCGUCCUCAUCGGGAUGAUUAGUCUGACGAGUUUAAGAUACCCAGAAAGCACGCUAUCAAAUAUCCAACUCACUCAGUUCAACGUCGUAAAUAGCUACAACAAACUCAACGAGUUCGCAUUUCUCCGUUUCGACGGCCUCAUUGACAGCUCUCACUUGUUCGACAACUGGAAUACAAAGCAAGUUUUCGUUCAGCUUACAGCAAACUACAACAACAAAAACACCCAAUCAUCCACCGUCGUAUGGGAUAAGAUCAUCAAACCACACCAACAGCACACCAGAAUCGAAAACGCAAAACAGAAGUAUUCCUUAAAGUCAAAGUCUUUCAAAGACUAUUCCAAUGCUACGCUCACUUUAACAUACGACAUACAGCCCUACGUUGGUCUAAAUAGGCAGGGCGUUUUACACAGCCAGCCGAUUGAAUUCCCUAAUGUGAAAUCGAACAUUUAA